UCUUCAUUCGAACAAACGGCCACGUUUUCCAUGCCAUUUGUAGGUAGUUGUCAUUGUCAAUUGUAAUUUUAGAAAAGAAGAAAAAAUUAAAACGUCAACAAACGUCAAAACAUAACCCUGUUUGUUGGGCUGUUUGAUAAACUUUUUUUGAAAAAUAAAAUAAGUUUUACACAGUGAUGAUGGAGGACCCAGAACCUACUAAGCGACAAAAAAUGCCCAAAGUGGCCAAAGUUAAAAAUAAGGCACCUGCUGAAAUCCAAAUCACAGCAGAACAGCUACUCAGAGAAGCAAAAGAAAGAGAUUUAGAAAUCCUUCCUCCGCCUCCAAAGCAAAAAAUUUCUGAUCCAGCAGAAUUGGCCGAUUAUCAAUUAAGAAGGAGAAAGCAGUUUGAAGACAACAUCAGAAAGAACAGAGCAGUUAUUUCAAAUUGGAUCAAAUAUGCCCAGUGGGAGGAAUCGCAAAAGGAGAUACAGAGGGCUAGGUCAAUAUGGGAGAGAGCCCUUGAUGUUGACCACAGAAAUAUUACCAUUUGGUUGAAAUAUACCGAAAUGGAAAUGAGAAAUAGACAAGUAAACCAUGCAAGAAAUUUAUGGGACAGGGCUACUGUGCUUUUGCCUAGGGUAAAUCAAUUUUGGUAUAAAUACACUUAUAUGGAAGAAAUGUUGGAAAACGUUGCAGGAGCUAGGGCCGUAUUUGAAAGAUGGAUGGAUUGGCAACCUGAUGAGCAAGCUUGGCAGACCUAUAUUAAUUUCGAGCUGAGAUAUAAAGAAAUUGAUAGAGCAAGACAAAUUUAUGAGAGAUUUGUCAUAACUCAUCCAGAAGUCAAACACUGGAUCAAAUAUGCCCGUUUUGAAGAAAACCAUGGCUUCAUCCAUUCUGCAAGACAAAUUUACGAACGAGCAGUACAGUUUUAUGGAGAUGAUUAUAUGGACGAAAAGCUGUACAUAGCUUUUGCUAAAUUUGAAGAAAACCAGAAAGAACACGACAGAGCCCGAGUUGUAUACAAAUAUGCCUUGGAUCACAUACCAAAAGAUCAAACUAAGGAACUUUACAAGACUUACACGAUCCACGAAAAGAAAUAUGGAGACAGGAGUGGCAUUGAAGAGGUCAUAAUGUCCAAGAGGAAAUUGCAAUAUGAACAGGAAAUUUUACAAAAUCCUACAAACUAUGAUGCCUGGUUUGAUUAUCUGAGAUUAGUAGAAGGCGAAGGUGACAUUGAUGUUACUAGGGAGACAUAUGAGAGAGCCAUAGCCAAUAUUCCUCCAUCAAAAAACAAACAAUUUUGGAGGAGAUACAUCUAUUUGUGGAUCAACUAUGCUUUAUUUGAAGAACUUGAAGCUAAAGAUUAUGAAAGAACACGACAGGUUUACAAAGCUUGUCUGGAAGUUCUACCUCACAAAAUAUUCACUUUCUCAAAGAUUUGGCUGCUUUUUGCUCAAUUCGAAAUACGCCAGAAAAAUUUAACCUCCGCCAGAAAGAUCCUGGGCAUGUCUAUAGGAAUGUGUCCCAGAGACAAGCUAUUUCGAGGGUACAUAGAUAUAGAAAUACAACUUAGAGAAUUUGACAGAUGCAGAAAGCUCUAUGAAAAAUUCUUAGAAUUCGGUCCGGAAAAUUGCGUCACUUGGAUGAAAUUUGCGGAAUUAGAAACGUUGCUAGGCGAUGCAGACAGAGCUAGAGGUAUAUACGAGCUAGCUAUUAACCAAACCAGAUUGGACAUGCCAGAAUUGUUGUGGAAAGCUUACAUAGAUUUCGAAAUUUCCCAGGAUGAACCUAAUAAUGCGAGAAGAAUCUACGAAAGGCUGCUAGAAAGAACUUCACAUGUCAAAGUAUGGCUAUCUUAUGCCAAAUUUGAAUUGAACAAUCAAACCGACGAUGACCUGAAUAUACAGCUUGCUAGAAGGAUUUUCGAAAAAUCUAAUGAAACCCUAAAAAAUUUCCCAGAAAAAGAAUCUAGAGUGUUGCUAUUAGAAAACUGGAGGGAAUUUGAAAAUGCUUAUGGCGAUGAUGAUAGUAAGGAAAAAGUUAACGCCAAAAUGCCGAGGAGGAUCAAAAAGAGACAGAAAGUCAUCGAUGAAGAUGGUGUUGAGCAAGGAUGGGAAGAGGUAUUCGACUACAUAUUCCCAGAGGACGAGGCCAGUAGACCCAACUUGAAAUUGCUUGCUGCAGCCAAGAACUGGAAGAAAACCGCAGAUGAAACUGAAGAAACUAUCGAAAGCAGACCUGCGAUUUCUACUAGUAGCCAAAGAGUACGGGAAAAAUUGAUGGCAUCUGCCAAAAACUGGAAAAACAAGCAAAACGAGACUGACAAUAAGGAGAACGAAAGUGAAAGGGAUAAUGAGGAUAGCCAAGUCCACCAAGAAGAUGAAGCGAGCAAAGAUGUAGAACAGAAAGAAGAUACAAGAAGCGAAGAUCGAGAUAGUAAAAGUGAGGGUGAAGAUGGCGAUGAAUCAUCUUAGAUAUUAAGAUUUAAUUAUUUUGUGUAAAUAAGUAUUUGUAAUAUUUUUUAAUAAACUCGUAAAUACCUUUUUUCUGCUUGUCCUCCUUUUUACCUUUUCAAUCCUGACUCCAAAAGAAUGCUAUUGAAUAGAAAGAAAUAGAAUACAUUGCUGAGUGAGGACUACAGUA